UCGUGCUGCUGCUUCUUCUUCUUCUGCUGCUGCUGCCGCCCGGAGUCCGAGGGGAGAAAAUGGAGGCUCGUUUCUUCUCGCUUAAACACUUUCUCCGUCUUCCUCGCGCCUCGCGGGCUUUUCCCGCCGACACGACGACGCCAUCCAAAUAAAAAAAACAACUUUUCUUUUUUUAAACCGGAAUUCUCGCUGCUUCAUGGCGACCAGCAGCGUUGUGGUUUGGCUGCGCGGCGUCCUCGCCACCGGCUGCAUUUCCUGGAACAAGCUGGAACCCCGAGCCCCGAGGACCCCCGCCACGGAGAGCCUGUAGCAGCCCGCCUUCUUCCAGCUCGCCAUCCUCAUCAUCACAACCAGAGACACGGAGGAGCGACCUCCCGCUUCAUUCUUUGGUGUCAACCAUCUCGAGAAGGACAUUUUGGGGUCAUUUCCUGAGCGUUUUCCCUCCCCCCCCCCACCCCCCUAGAGUAGCCCCGAGGCCAUGAGGCCCAAGACGUUCCCUGCGGCGCCGUACAUGGGCAACACGCGCCAAAGGCUGCAGGAGAUCAAGGAGGGUCUGAAGCAGCCGGCCAAGCUGGUGAGCCAGGCACUGCAAGGCGCCGGCUCUCGGGCCGCCGCCGCCGCCAGAGGCGCCGACUGCAAGAGCGGGAAGGACGCCGCCAGCCGCCAGCAGCAGAUCCGCCCCCCCCAGCUCCGCCCCCCGCAGAAGUUCAACGACUACCAGAAUGCACUGCUGGAGAUCCGCAAGUCCCUCAAGCCCUACGAGGUCAACCGGCAGAUGCUGCAGGAUCUGGUCAACGCCGGCUGUGACCAGGAGAUGGCUGUGCGUGCGCUGAAGCAGACAGGAAGCAGGAACAUCGAAGCGGCCUUGGACUACAUCAGUAAGAUGGGUUACCUCGACCCGCGCAACGAGCUCAUCGUCCGCGUCAUCAAGCAGACGUCCCCGGGAACGGCCGCCAUGCCGAACCCGAUGGACCACCGGCCCCCGUUAGAGGCUCCGGGCGAGGUGGGCGUGAUGCCUCAGUACCACCAGAUGGGGGCUCCCAUGUACGAGGGGGGCGGUGGGUACGGUCCAGAGGGCGAGCUGCCCAGACCUUACAUGAGCGCCCCCGUCAUGAAAUACAUGAUGCCCCCGUCCGGUUCACCUCAGGGCCCCGCCAUGGGAAACCCGAUGGGUCGCCCCCCCAGCAUGGGCUCCUACCCUCCGGGGAUGGCCACCCAGAGCAACCCGGCCGGCCCCAUGUACGGGCCGGGGGCCCAGCAGAAGGGCUACGCCGGCGGCAUGGAGCAGCACGGCCCCAUGAUGAGCUACACCGUCCCUGGCCAGCCGCUGCAGCUCCAGCCUCAGCCACAGGGGGGCCCCGUCCCCGGCCCCCACUACGACUACGGCCACGCCCGGCCGCACAUGAUGGAGCCGGCGGGCUACGGAGUCAAGAGGACCGCCUCCUUCCAGAACAAGAUGGCGCCGUCUAUGGUCCAGAGCGUUCCUGCAGGUGGGGGUUACCCGGCCAACCUGUACCUGCCUCCCCAUUCCCACCCGCGCCAGGCCAGCCCCACCUCCCACCAGGUCCACAUUAUGUCCCGCGGCGCGGCGGCCAUGGGCCCUGACUUCGCCGACAUGCCGCAGGGCCUGAUGACGCCCUCCAGGGCCAGCCUGAACCUGGACCUGUACGAGCACCACUGGGCGGGGCCUCCGGGCGCCGAAGGUGCGCCGCAGGCCAGGCCGCCCCAGGGCCCCUUCCGGGGGGAAGUGCGUGUUCCCAGCAGAACCAACUCCUUCAACAGUCGCUCCGUGGGGCCCGGCGGCGUUCGGCCCGCAAUGACCGCGCCGCCCGCGGUCGGCAAGCAAGACCCCUCCCCGGGCCAACCCAACACCAUCACGGCGGUGACGUCCCCCCCCAUCCAGCAGCCGGUGAAGAGCAUCCGUGUGAUGAGGCCGGAGCCCAAGACGGCCGUGGGACCUUGCCACCCCAGCUGGAUGACGGCGCAGGACUCGGCGGCGCCUCUGACCUACAUGCCGGAGGAGACCUACGCCCAGGAGCCCGCCCAGGAGCCCCGCUGCCCGCCCCCGCCCUACCCCAAGAACCUGCUCAUGGAGGAAGGGGCCGCGGCCAUGUGCGCAGCCCAAGACCUCGGCGCGUCUUCCAGGAGCAGCCCGGGGAGCGCGAAGGCGGAGGAGAGCCAGCAGGUGAAGGAGAAGACGAAGGCGGGCAAAGGAGAGAAGGCGGUGAAGGACAAGAAGCAGAUCCAGACGUCGCCGGUUCCCGUGAGGAAGAACGGUCGCGACGAGGAGAAGAGAGAGUCGCGCAUCAAGACCUACUCGCCCUUCGCCUUCAAGUUCUACAUGGAGCAGCACAUCGAGAAUGUGAUGAAGACCCACCAGCAGAAACUGAACCGCAGGCUGCAGCUGGAGCAGGAGAUGUCCAAGGCCGGCCUGUCCGAAGCCGAGCAGAAGCAGAUGAGGAAGAUGCUGAACCAGAAGGAGUCCAAUUACAACCGGCUACGCCGGGCCAAGAUGGACAAGUCCAUGUUUGUCAAAAUUAAGACGCUGGGCAUCGGGGCCUUCGGCGAGGUGUGCCUCACACGCAAAGUGGACACGGGCGCGCUCUACGCCAUGAAAACGCUGCGCAAGAAAGACGUCCUCAACCGCAACCAGGUGGCCCACGUGAAAGCGGAGCGCGACAUCCUGGCGGAGGCGGACAACGAGUGGGUGGUGCGCCUCUACUACUCCUUCCAGGACCGCGACAGCCUCUACUUCGUCAUGGACUACAUCCCCGGGGGCGACAUGAUGAGCCUGCUCAUCCGGAUGGGCGUCUUCCCCGAGCACCUGGCGCGCUUCUACGUGGCGGAGCUGACGCUCGCCAUCGAGAGCGUCCACAAGAUGGGCUUCAUCCACCGAGACAUCAAGCCCGACAACAUCCUCAUCGACCUGGAUGGGCACAUCAAGCUGACGGACUUCGGCCUGUGCACGGGCUUCCGCUGGACGCACAACUCCAAGUACUACCAGAAAGGGAGCCACGUCAGACAGGACAGCAUGGAGCCCAGCGACUUCUGGGACGACGUGUCCAACUGUCGCUGCGGCGACCGGCUGACGACGAUGGAGCAGAGCGCCAACCGGCAGCACCAGCGCUGCCUGGCCCACUCUCUGGUGGGGACGCCCAACUACAUCGCGCCGGAGGUGCUGCUGCGCAAAGGUUACACCCAGCUGUGUGACUGGUGGAGCGUGGGAGUGAUCCUCUUUGAGAUGCUGGUGGGACAGCCACCCUUCCUGGCCUCCACGCCCACCGAGACUCAGAUCAAGGUCAUCAACUGGGAGAGCACGCUGCAGGUGCCCGCCCAGGUGAAGCUGAGCCCGGAGGCCGUCGACAUCAUCGGCCGCCUCUGCUGCUCGGCGGAGGAUCGCCUGGGCGCCAACGGCGCCGGCGAGAUCAAGGCCCACCCCUUCCUCGCCCAGAUGGACUUCUCCAGCAACCCGCGGCAGCAGCCGGCGCCCUACCGGCCCAAGAUCGCCCACCCGAUGGACACGUCCAACUUCGACCCCGUGGAGGAGGAGGGCGGGCCCGGCGCGUGGAGCAACAGCGGCGACAGCACCCGGGCGCUGGACACGCUCUGCCUGCCGCACGGGAAGCACCCGGAGCACGCCUUCUACGAGUUCACCUUCCGCAGGUUCUUCGACGACAACGGUUGCCCCUUCCGCUACCCGAAGCCGCUGGAGGCAGGCGGGGGGGCGUCGCCGGACGAGGAGGAGGACGGCGGGCCAGACGAAGAGGAGGAGGAGGGGGAACGGGGGGAGGGGUGUGAGCCGGUGUACGUGUAGAGCCGCAGACUGAGCGGCGUGCUUCUAUCACAGGUGUUAGUUGGGAUGGAUUAAUGACCCCCCCUCUCCCCCCCCGCCCCUCCACCACCUUACCUUGUGGAAUCUAUAGCACCUCCACAAACCCCCCCUGAACCGGACCAAGAGAGGAUGGAGCCGAGUGGAGCAUGUUCCAGAGGGGAGGGGGCCAGAUUUAGGAUUCCCUCGUCCCAUUCCUCCCGACCCCCGAGUCUUAAGCAGACGGAACGGCAGGAGGAGGAGCCUCUUCACAGCAAAGACACAUUGCAUGCACACACUCACUCACAGGGGGGGGGGGGGGGCAGCGUCCAUAUUUGUGGCUUCCUUUGUGGCGUAAGAGGUAACAAUUAGCCGCAUAAAAACCAAAGAGCAGCGAAUGACUCUUUCAUUUCCUCAUUUUGUGCUUCGCUGUUACAAACUCGAGGUGAAGACAUUAAAGUGUUACAUGAAGGCACCAUUAAAGACAUCAGAAUGUGCGUCAAAGAGGGAAAACAACAAGGAAAAGUCAAGAGAAGCAGCUGAUUGCAAACAGUGAAUGUUUGUAAUAAAGAUUCUGGUGUCAGUCGGGUAGAAUCGUUCACUGAGCCCGACGUCAGCGACUCUCAAGACCCGCACGAACGAUCCCAUCGACGUUUACUUCUUCAGAACCCGUCGCUUUGUUUCUGAGAAGAGAACCCAGUGAAACAUUAUUUAAAAGAAGAGAAACCGGAGCCUGAACCCCGCCGGGUCGGCUGGUGCUGAGUUGGUUUCUGACCGUUAAGAAUCAAAGCUCCAAGACACACACACACAUACACACACACACACAUACACACACACACACACGCAAUCCACCAAGAUGCACAGUUUUGCAGCUAUUUUGCAAAGAUGAGUUGUAACUGAAGCGGCCUCCUCCUUGUCUUCUGGAGUCAUGAACAAAGUUCUUGUGAUCUUAUGAUUAUGUGCAAUACAAAAAAACAUAACAUUAUAUCUAGUUUUCUAAACAUUUAAUAUUGUUUUUUAAACGUUUUUUUCAUACUGAAAUAUACAAAUAUAUUGGUUCAUUUAUAUAUAUUUCCUGUUUUUUUCUCUCCCAGUUACAACAUGCUGCUUAUUAUUGUGGUUAAUAUUAUUUACAUUAUUAUUAUUAUGUUAUCUGUUUUAUUUCUCUGAGUGUGCGUGGCUUUUUGAAAGUUCUGUGGGUUUUCUAAUUGAAUGUUGGGAGUUUGAGUCGGUGAUGAUGAGGGUGAUGAUGAUGAAGAUGAGUGUUUGCAGAACACGGACGGUUGAGACUCUCUCCCACUCCCCCCGGACCGGGCUGGUCCCAGACCGAGGGGCUAAGGAGGAGGAGGAGGAAGAGGAGGAGGAGGAAGGUCGGCUUGAGAGCGAACAGCUUUCUCUAUUUUACAAAUGGUUCAUUUGUUCAUGUUUGGUACAUUUUCUUUAUUAAUCCGAAAUGACCCAAAGUGUGAGUGUCGCGUCACUUCCUGUCCCCGCAGAAGCUUCUGUGUUCAUCGAGUACCUUCCUGCUUGUUGACAAUCAAUAACUCUGUCCAACUGAUCCAACAGUAUUCUGAGUUUUUUGAAUGAUAUAUAUUUUUAUUUUUUAUUUUGCCUGACGAUGUAUUGAGUUGGUGUUUCUGUAAAUGUGCCUCAGUGUCGCUGUCUCGUUUUCACCGUCGUCUUUGAUCUGUUUUCAUUGUUCCGGCUUUGUUCUUCUAUCAGUUGCUCGUGAUGUAGGAAUUCAGUUCAAUGAUCAAGGCUUCGGUCACACAGGGGUUGAUUAUUUGUCGUGAAGAUUUCAUCAAUUAGUCGUUCUAAUCCUCAUAAGCACCUUUUUUUUAAUGUUUUAUGGGACGAUGUAGGAUUUCGUCGUAGAUCGCUAUAAAAAAACAACACUAUGAAAGAGUUAACACAAUAAACUAGACCGAGAUUAUCGUGAUCGAAAGAACCGACUUUUUGCAUCAGUUCUUAAGAAUGUUCACACAAUAAACAUGUUUAAGUAUUUAUGUAAGUUAAAGUGAUUCCAAUAAGUUAGACGGAUCACAUCGUGAAUCAGAAUCAUUUUUCCAAAGAAUCCUGACAUGAAAUGAGGAGAAAGCCGGCUGAACGCUGCAUGGUUUUUAUAAACAAACUAAUAGAAUGAACACAACGUAUUUCAGGAAAAGUUUAUGUUUCCCCCGUCGCUCAGUAGCGAACCUCAGGUCACGUUUCUGUUUUUAGUAUUCAGGGCAGAGAUUGAGGCGCACUGAGGUGAGGUCACGUUGGGUUGAAAUCACAAGCUUUCAAGGAGAAAGAGAACGACAAUCUACAACUGACUGGAUUUCUGCUCCAGACUCACUUGUUUAUCCUCUUUUUCCUUUUUGUAUUUUUACUGCGAGGAGCUUCUCCUCGGUGUACGAUACAAUUCUGUUGCUAUUGAAUUUAUAUUUAUACAGAUAUACAUAUUUUUUCUAUCUUUAUUUUCCCCACAUGUGCUAGAAAAACAACCGUGUCCACGCAGUAUUAUAGAUGGUGUCAUGUGGACAGCUGUCUCUAUUACAUUUAUGAAUGAACUGAGAAUUUGUGUAAAAUGCUUUCACAGUCCUUGUGUGUGAAAUGUAUGUAUAAAUUAAAUUAACCAACUUGG